UUCUGGAACAAAACACGGUUUUAUAGUAGAGUUAUCCCCCUUGUUAUAACUCUCCGUCACGAAGUAAACAAAUCCAUACAGGCAAUAUGCAACCCCAGAUAAUUUUGCUGAAGGAGGGAACAGACUCCUCCCAGGGUGUCCCCCAGGUAGUGAGUAAUAUUAGUGCCUGCCAGGCCAUUGCAGAUGCCGUACGAACCACCCUUGGCCCGAGGGGCAUGGACAAACUCAUUGUUGAUGAUAAAGGAAAGGCUGUAAUUUCCAAUGAUGGAGCAACUAUUUUGAAAACUUUGGACGUUGUUCAUCCUGCCGCCAAAACCUUGGUUGACAUUGCCAAGUCACAAGACGCUGAAGUCGGAGAUGGCACAACCUCUGUGGUUCUAUUAGCUGGAGAGUUCCUGAAGCAGGCAAAACCAUAUGUAGAGGAAAAUGUCCACCCACAAGUCCUGGUCCGAGCCUACAGGAAGGCUGCAGCUCUGUCUGUACAGAGAAUUAAAGAAAUAUCAAUCAAGAUUAAGAAAGACGACCCAAGUGAACAGAGAAGUUUGUUGGAGAAAUGUGCUGCUACUACUCUCAGCUCCAAACUUGUGGCUCAUCAGAAAGAUUUCUUCGCCAAGAUGGUUGUUGAAGCUGUUAGUCUGUUGGAUGAACUUCUGCCACUUAAUAUGAUUGGAGUAAAGAAGGUCACAGGAGGUGGAUUAGAGGAUUCUAGAUUAAUUGCUGGAGUAGCAUUCAAAAAGACAUUCAGCUACGCUGGAUUUGAAAUGCAGCCGAAGAAUUAUGUAAAUCCCAAGAUAGCUCUACUGAAUGUGGAAUUAGAACUGAAGGCAGAAAAGGAUAACGCUGAAGUGCGCGUGGAUAGUGUGGAGGAGUACCAGUCGAUAGUUGAUGCAGAGUGGAAAAUCCUGUAUGAUAAACUGGAUACAAUUCACGAGAGUGGAGCUAAAGUAGUGUUAUCCAAACUGCCUAUAGGAGAUGUUGCCACACAGUAUUUUGCUGACAGAGACAUGUUCUGUGCUGGCCGUGUAGCAGAUGAAGAUUUAAGGAGGACGAUGAAGGCUUGUGGAGGAUCCAUCCAAACAUCCAUUCAGAACCUUUCUGAAAGUGUCCUUGGUAGCUGUCAGAAAUUUGAAGAAAUCCAAGUUGGCGGGGAAAGGUACAAUAUAUUCACGGGAUGUCCCCAAGCCAAGACCUGCACAUUGAUUCUGAGAGGUGGUGCUGAACAGUUCAUUGAAGAAACCGAGAGAUCUCUUCACGAUGCCAUAAUGAUCGUCAGGCGAGCAAUGAAGAAUGAUGCCGUUGUAGCAGGUGGUGGUGCUAUAGAGAUGGAGUUGAGCAAGUUUCUGCGGGACUACUCACGAACCAUUGCUGGCAAAGAACAGCUGCUGAUCUCAGCUAUAGCAAAGGCACUGGAGAUUAUUCCUCGUCAGCUCUGUGAGAAUGCAGGAUUUGAUGCUACAAACAUUCUCAAUAAACUCCGACAGAAACAUGCCAGUGGCUCCAUGUGGUAUGGUGUGGAUGUUAUGACAGAAGACAUAGCCGACAACUUUGUUGGUUGUAUCUGGGAACCAGCUAUUGUCAAGAUCAAUGCUUUAACGGCAGCCGCUGAAGCUGCUUGUCUCAUCUUGUCGGUGGACGAGACGAUACGAAACCCAAAGGCCGGAGAGGGUGGCGCUCCAGGAGGAGGGAUGGGUAGAGGACGAGGGAGGCCAAUGUAGGCUAGCUAGAUCUAUAGGUAUUAAAGACUACUGAACAAAUUAUUUCAUGGGUAUUGCAUUGUUAUUUAAGGAUCAUUCCACUUUCGACUGUACUGGAGAAGUGGGAGGUACCACCAUCUAUCUAUUGAAGGGUAGGCAGAUCUGGACCUAAUGCUUCUAACUCCUCAGUACAAUCAUGGAGUCAGGAAUAGUUCUUAAAUUAACGCAGGAAAAAAACGAAAUUUCAUGGACAAGUGAAGUUUUAAAACUAAAUCGUGUAUGAAAUGUGAACAAUCCACACAUGCAUCUGCAUCACCCCAAGCAUUAGUUGCAUCUUAUUUCUGUAAACUGUGAAGCAGCUUUAUACCUGUUUAAAUUUUGAAGGGGAUGUAUUUAUAACCGAACACCCUUGUUUGAAUGUUAGUUAAAAUUGAAUGAAUAUUUGUCCAUUGUGUUCAUCUUGGUUAACUUGAACAAAACAGGAACUGGACUAGUGCUUUUGGAAUGAUCAAUGUGAUACGUAUUUAUUUUCCUUUGUCAGUCAAAUGUAUUCAUGUUCAUACAGGAACCAUGGCAGAGGUAGUGUGAGCGAGCGAGAUGUGUGUUUGUGUGCGACCCCACAGUCCUAUACUUCUGUUAAAGAAGUACUCUUUAAUCAACCAUAUUUUUAUGCAUUGCAUAAUUUGUGCAUUUCUACAUUUUUUUUCAUAACAAAAUGAUUGAAUAAAAAAAAGAUUGAAUUCAA